UAAACCCCGCAGAUUUCGUUUUGAUUUGCGCACGCAGUGUUCCUUUGGCAAGCUCGGAUUCACCGCGCUGUCAGGGGGUGGGUCUCUAAAUAUCUUCGCGAGGGUUUCCUGGCGUUUCAGCAGGCGCGUGUCCGGGUGUGUGUGCAGCUGUCUAGCCGGCAGCUGGGCUGCUGGGCCCCCAGCUCCUCCGCUCGCUCGGCUCCUCCACCGCAGCCCGGCAGGGAGACGCGCGCGGCAUGGAGCAGACCGAGGUGCUAAAGCCGCGAACCCUGGCUGAUCUCAUCCGCAUCCUGCACCAGCUCUUCGCCAGAGACGAAAUCAACGUGGAGGAAGUGCAAGCCGUCAUGGAAGCCUACGAGAGCGACCCCGCCGAGUGGGCCAUGUACGCCAAGUUCGAUCAGUACAGGUAUACCAGAAAUCUUGUGGAUCAAGGAAAUGGAAAAUUUAAUCUAAUGAUUCUAUGUUGGGGUGAAGGACAUGGCAGCAGUAUUCAUGAUCACACCGACUCCCACUGCUUUCUGAAGAUGCUACAGGGAAAUCUAAAGGAAACAUUAUUUGCCUGGCCUGACAAAAAGUCCAAUGAAAUGAUCAAGAAGUCUGAAAGAAUCUUGAGGGACAACCAAUGUGCCUAUAUCAAUGAUUCCAUUGGCUUACAUCGAGUAGAAAACACCAGCCAUACAGAACCUGCCGUGAGCCUUCACUUGUACAGUCCACCAUUUGAUACGUGCCAUGCCUUUGAUCAAAGAACAGGGCAUAAAAAUAAAGUUACCAUGACAUUCCAUAGCGAAUUUGGAAUCAGAACUCCAUUUACAACUUCAGGUUCACUGGAGAACAACUAAGGAGCACCAAAUCCUGAGAUUGUACUUUAAGGUCUGCUGUACGUUUGCCUUGGUCAGGAAGCUCACCCACCACUUGCUGUCCAGUAAUACACUUCAGUAAGCCAAUACGUAGAUCUACUGUAAGGCAGAUGCUAAUUAUAAGGCAUUAAGUAAGCAAAUAGUGUCCUGAGCUACUGCAGAAGAAAAAUCCCAUUGAAGAAAAAAGUAUUGUGAUUUUUAAAAGCCAAAUUAAGUGCUCUCCUAGUUCUAUCCUCUAAUUCCAUUGAAACCAUACUUGGAGUGUCAAUAAGGGUUUUUGUAGCUUUUGGAAACACUCUGGUCUCUGACCACGUUUAGCAAGUAAAACCAAGAAACCACAAACAUCAAAUGCCUGCUUUGUUACCUGAAGGACUAAAUGUAGUUGUCUUUAAUAUACUUUGUAUGUCCUUAAUAUUCAAAGAGAAUUUUUUCAAAUCUGUGGAAUUUAUUUUUUCAGUCUGAUUUUACAGAUUCCUUUUCUAUGAAUAAUAGAUAGAGGAACUUAAGGCACUUUGCCAUUUAGUAAUGAAAUAAAGAGCAGAAGAUUUAGAAAAGUACAGGUUCCCAAACCUACGACAAACCAAAACAAACUCAUGUCCAUGGUCAUAGUGACAGAUUUUGUACUGCUAUCAAAAUUGUCAGAUUUAAUAAAACUGGAUUUGAACACAA